AUGCCACUUCUCACCAAGGGGCUCAUAGCCAUAAUUGCGAUUGCAGUGGCAAGAUUUCUUCACCGAGGCUAUGUCAAUAGGACAAGAGUGAGGUCACUACAGGCGCAGGGACUUCCAGUAUUGCCUCACUCGUUAUUGUUCGGUCAUUUGCCUAUUUUUUCCGACUUCCGAAAGAGUCAUCCUCUAGAUGUCAACAUCUACAGGUUCCAUACUUGGAUCAUCGAAAAUUGCAAGAAUUAUUUCCCCGACUUGGACUACCCGCCCCCAGUGGUGUAUUUGGACCUCUGGCCAAUUACCCACUCUUUGGCCCUGGUAACCGACCCAGUUGCUGCAUCCCAGUUUACGACGGUUCAGAGCCUGCCGAAGAACAGCAGUUUACAUGAUUUUGUCGGACCUCUGACCUCGUGCAUUGACAUUCUCUGCACAGAGGGACAGAUAUGGAAAACUUGGCGUUCCCGGUUCAGUCCCGGGUUCAGUCAGAGGAACUUGACUGCGAUCUUGCCUGAAGUAAUCGAAGAGGCGAAUGUGUUUGUCGAAGGACUCAAGGAAAUGGCAGGCAAGGGUGGAGCUUGGGGUUCGGUGUUCCAACUCGAGAAGAGAACGACAAAUCUGACGUUUGAUAUCAUCUGCCGGGCAGCACUCGACGUCCGCCUGCACGAACAAACCCGUGAAUCGGACAGCAAUUUGAAAAGCGCCCUCCUGGAUCAGGUGCGCUUGAUGGGGAUGAUGUCGAACCCCGCGCAAGCACUGAUGCUGGGUCGCAUGCCAUGGCAUCGUGCAUCAGUGGCUCGCAACAACAGAACUAUGCGCGAGUUCCUGCUCCCACAGAUACAGAGAAAGCUGGAGUCGACCGCAGAAAACACGCAGAAGAAGACCAUUGUUGACCUGGCCAUCAAACACGUCGGUACCGAUGAGCCGAACGCGUCGAAGAAUAAACCCACUGCCGAGUUCGUGGACAGGCUCAUCGCCAACCUGAAAAUCUUUCUCUUUGCUGGUCACGACACGACCGCCUCGACGAUCUGCUUUAUGUUCAAACUGCUACAGGACAAUCCUAGCUACCUGGAGAAGGUUCGAGCCGAGCACGAUGCGGUACUUGGCCCGGAGGUGGACAAGGCUGCCGAGAUCUUGACCACGUCUCCUCAUCUCUUACAGUCACUUCCGUACACGCAGGCCGUUAUCAAAGAGACGUUGCGGCUAUACCCUAUAGCAGCAACCGUGCGUGAACCGCUGCCUGGAUUCUACCUGACGGCGACGAACUCGUCGGUCAGGUAUCCGAUGGAAGGCUUCGGACUGUGGUUGUCACCCCCCGGACUUCAGCGCCACCCGCAGUACUGGCAGAGACCCCAUGACUUUCUGCCCGAACGAUGGACAUCACCUGACGCCUCACUGCAUCCUACCGCCAAUUCCUGGGCGCCCUUUUCUCUUGGACCGCGAAACUGCAUCGGAAUGGAGCUGGCCAUGAUAGAACUCAGGCUUGUGCUGGUUCUCACAGCUCGUACGUUUGAUAUCGAAGAAGCAUGGACCGAGUGGGACGAGGAAAGGUGA